AUGGUUGUGCCACCGACCCCGGCGCACAAGGUCGAUGUCUAUCAGGACUCUGGUGUGGCUGAAGAGAAGCUCGGUGUUAAGCAGACCGACGCGAACCAGGAGCGCAACGAGCUUCUCGCCAGUCUUGGAGACCCGGACGAGGGGCUUUCUGAAGAAGAGAGGAAGAAGCUCGACCGAACGUUGAUGUGGAAGGUAGACUUAUGGUUGAUCCCGUGGCUCUCGUUACUGUAUCUGCUUUCUUUCUUGGACAGAACAAAUAUUGGUAACGCACGUCUCGCAGGCAUGGAAGCAGAUCUCAACAUGGAAGGGACGGACUACAACCUGUCCUUAACCAUCUUCUUCAUAUCCUACGCCCUUGCCGAGCCACUGACGAACACCUUACUGAAACGCCUCACGCCGCGUAUCUUCUUCACUGGCAUCAUCUUCGCUUGGGGCUUGAUUAUGACCUUAAUGGGUCUCGUUACAAACUUCUCGGGGCUUUUGGCCGCUAGGUGGUUCCUAGGGAUCGCUGAAGCAGGGCUGUUCCCUGGAGUGAACUACUAUCUAUCCUGCUGGUACAAGGCUGGCGAGAUCGGCGUCCGAUCUGCCCUGUUCUUCUCUGCUGCUGCGCUCGCAGGAUCGUUCGGUGGCUUGCUCGCCGCCGCCAUAGCCCUAAUGGACGGAAUUGGCGGUAAGCCAGGCUGGGCGUGGAUCUUCAUCAUCGAGGGCAUUGCCACCGUCUUUGUAGGUCUAUUCUGCUGGUGGAUGGUCUUCGAUUGGCCCGAGACUGCUCGGUUCCUGACGCCAGACGAGCGUAUUCGCGUUCAACGCCGUCUCAUCGAAGAUCGGCAGGGACGGACCGCCGAGGACUUCGAUAAGCGUCAUAUCUGGGAGGCGCUAAAGGACUGGAAGACCUAUCUGUACAUGGUCAUUUACAUGGGGUGCUUGACACCGCUGUAUGCCUUCAGCUUGUUCCUUCCUACGAUUAUACGUGGAAUGGGCUAUGCUGGAACUCGCGCACAGCUCUUGACUGUGCCGCCUUACGCCUGUGCGGCGGUGGCGACGGUCGCUGUAGGCUUCCUAGCUGAUCGCACACGCUGGCGAGGGUACUGCAACAUUGCGACAGUUUCGAUUGGUAUCAUCGGAUUCCUUAUGCUUAUUGCUACGCCAAACGUGGAUGUGCAAUACGCUGGAACGUUCCUUGGUGCGGUCGGGAUCUAUCCAACAAUUAGCAACACAAUUUCAUGGGUUGCCAACAACACCGAAGGUUCUCUCAAGCGCGCGGUUGUCAUCGGCAUGGUAGUCGGCUGGGGUAAUCUCAACGGCGUGGUCUCCUCAAACAUCUACAUCACCAAUCAGCGUCCGCGAUAUUGGACUGGCCACGGCGUUGUCCUGGCCUACCAAGCCUCUUCCUCCUCGGUGGAAGCAUCGCCAUGCACCUGCUGCUGCGCAUUGAGAACAGGAGACGAAGCAGUGGAGGAGAAGUGGAUCAAGGGCGACAAGCGGCCGGACUUCUUCUAUACCUUGUGA